AUGGAAUGGACAAUUUUACAUAGACCUGGUUGUGGACUUAACAACAAAGAUGCAAAAGGAGCUUGCAAAAAUAUGUGCUAUAUUAAUGCUAUAAUUCAAUGCCUGGCUAAUACUGCUCCAUUUGUUCAAUGGUUAUUAAUGGAUCGUGGUCAUGAAAAAAUCAUUCAUAACAAUAUUAACAACGAAUAUACUUUAUCAUCUGUUCUUUCUUAUGCAACUGCAGAAUCACUUGCUCAACAAAUUAAUGAAUUAUGUUCAAGUUUUAUUAUUGGUCGUCAAGAAGAUCCAUCCGAAUUUUUGAUUUUUCUAUUAGAUCAUUUUAAGAAGUGUCUUACUGCUACUGGCCCUUCCAUUGAUAUUGAUUCAUUAGUAACUCCUAUUCAACGUAUCUUUGGUUUAAAUACACAAUUUGUAUCAAAAUGUAAAGCUUGCUUACUUGAAUCAACUGUAGAAAAUUGGGAAACAAAUUGCUCUGAAGAAAUAUUAGAUGGUGAUAAUUUAUAUAAAUGUACCAAUUGUAAAAACAAGGUGCCAGCAUCACGAAAAUUUCAAAUCAUUCAAGCAUCACCAGUUAUUUUUAUUUAUUUACGACGAUUUACUUAUGAGAAAUUUUCGAAAAUGACUCAUAAAAUGAAGCAAUUUAUUAGUUAUCCAGAAAUACUCAAUAUUACUCCAUAUUUAAAUAAAACAGUUCGAGAAUCGAACAAAGAAAAUAAUAUAUUUAGUAAUUUUACGUAUAAAUUAUAUGCUGUUGUUGUACAUCUGGGUGAAAAUGCUAAUAGCGGUCACAUCUUUGCUUAUAUUCGAUCACCUGAUGGUUGUUGGUAUAAAGCAAAUGAUGAAAAAGUUACACGAAUAAAACUAGAUAAAGUACUUGCCGAUAAAGAUGCAUAUAUUUUGUGUUAUGCUAAAGCACCAAUUGGUACAAUGGUUUUAACUGAUACAGAACUGACAAUAAAUCCAAUGCAAUCGUCAUGUUUAUUUACUUCAUCAACACCAAUACGUCCCAGUAAACUUUUUAAUAAUAUUAAAACGAACUAUUCAACUACAAGUUUACCAAAACAUAUUUUCGUUUCUUCAAAUGACAAUCCAAAACAAGAUCUAGCCGACAGUAACCUACAUUCAACCAAUUAUUCUUCAAUUUUGAACGACAGUACGUCUUUUUUACUUCUUCUAAAAGUUAUACUUUCUUUAAUUUUACAAAUACAACUCGACGAAUCUUGUUCAUCAGAUUGUUCAGUUCCUGUCAAAAUUCAAUCUUUUGAAGAAAAUAUAACAGAAUGUAACAAUUUACAAACAGAAAGUCAAAUCGUAAAUCUACGGAAUAACAACAGCAUUUUUAAACCUUCGAACCAAAAAUUAAGCAGAGACAUCAAUAAACAACAAAUUAAUAAUUUUCACGAAUUCAUUUCUUCUGGUGAACCAUUGAUUUCUCCACUAUCUCGACGUGAACAUCUUUCGUCAACAACACCUCAAUGUGAACAAUCGUUUUUAUUAACAUCUCAACAGGAACAAUUUUCAUCAUCAGUAUAUGAACUUGAACCGCUUUCAUCAUCAUUCUCAAAAACUAUCUCUUCAAAGAUUUCUUCAAGUAUCGAGCAAAACGUGACUGUCGAAGAUCUACAAGUUUAUGAUGAUUUUAUUGCUGAAUUAUCUUCAUCUUAUCCAUUUAAACUUCAACCUGUCGAUCUUGCUAAAUUGCUUAUGAUUAGAAGUAUUUGUACUUUUAGUGUAACAAGUGCCAAUCACCGCCAAUUACUUCGCUGCAAUUUACGAUGCAUUGACCAUCCUGUAUGUCCAUUUACAUGUUCGGUUAUUGUACAAAAUAACGGCGCUAGCUAUGUAGUCGUUACCAAUCGAAAUAUUCGACAUGCUCGUGGUGUAAAGAUUUGCCGUCCUAUUCGAAAACCUUUACGAUCAUUACUGAAAAAGCAAUUUGUUCAAGGUGCAUCAGUGUACAAAAUUCAUCAAGAAAAAUUACAAAAACGAACACUCGAAGAAAAAAAAGGUCAAAAUUAUGAUGGUAUUAGCAAAACUCAUAGUAUUUUAUGUAAGAUAAAAUCUGAAGGUGUAACAGAGUCGUUGUUAGCACCAGAUGUUGAUCACGCAUUAUUCAAAUUGUUCGAAAAAUUUCAAGCUGAGAUUAAUCCUGAUGGAAAAGUAGCAGGUGUUAUUCAAUUUAUAUCCAAAUAUCCCAGUCAAAUAAUUGCUUAUUCAGAAACAUCUAUUCGUUUAUUUGAUGUGCUUCUGAAGCAUAAAAAUGUAACAGUCUCCUGGGAUGCAACAGGAAGUAUAAUUAAAGAAAAAAGUUCUCGUCGUCUUCUUUAUUAUGAAUUAGGUAUUACUUUACUUGGUAUUGUUAAUGAAGAUAGUAUUGUUCCAAUAACGUUCAUGAUAAGUGAUGCCCAUGCCUUAGUUAAUAUAAUCCAUUGGUUGCAAUUGUUUAAACAUAGUUAUUCGCAAAUUUUUAUUGGAAAACAAUUUCCACAACCACAAAUUGUUUUGAGUGAUCGUGCACAAGUAUUUUUAAUUGCAUCUUUGCGAAUAUGGAAUAAUGAAAUAAUGAAUGACUUUUUAAAUCGAGCUUAUCGAAUAAUAACAGGUAAUGCCACAGAUUCUGAUCUUCAAAAAACCAAUAUUCAUGCCUGUCUAGCACAUGUUAUAAUUGAUGAAGAAAAAGAAGCAAAUGCUAUGGAUUCACCUUUUAAAUCCACAUUCAAUCGAAUAUUCCACGAUGCUCUUACUACAUGUGGUUUAUCAAUAAAAGAAUUUCAAGGUAUCACUGCUCGUGGUGAUCUUUCACGCCAUCGUCGCCGAAUGGUUCAAUCUUUUGAAACAAUGACUAUUCAUAAAGAAGAACAACGUACUACUGCUAUUAGUGAAAGAAGAAUGGGAAUUUUGAAACGUACUCAAUUAGGUAAAGCAAAACAUGAUGUGUAG